CCCUCACUUUCCUCCGACACCCAAGAACUAGGGUUUGGGGAGCCCGUUCACCCCCGGUCAGCCGCCAUUCCGCCGCCGGUCCGCCGCCCCCGGAGCCCGCGCCAGUCCGCCGCCGCCGGUUCCCGCGACAAUCCGCUGCCGGUCGCCGUCCUCCCCUCCCCCGCCCCCCGCGACAGUCCUCCGCCCCCGUCGUCCUUCGCCGCCGCUCGGGCUCGGCGUCGGUCGCCGUCCUCCGUUCCCGUCGUCCUCCGCCGAGCUUGUGGUCGCCGUUCUCCUCGUCCGCCGAGAUCCUCCGCCGCGGUUGCCUCCUCCCGUCGGGCAGCCUCUGUCUCUCCCACCGGCCACCUCCAUCUCCCUUCUUCUUCCUCUACUCUGGUAAGUGACUAGGAGCAUUUGCCCAUAAUAAAUCUUCUAGAUCUAUUAAAAGCUGGCAUUUUCUGGGUUGGUCUGCGAAGCGCUCUGCGAAGUUAAAGUAGUCUGCAUGGUGAAUCAGAUGGGGUGGCACCAUGUAGAGUCCUAUGUUCACAAGUUAUGCUCGGUUGUGCAACAAGUGGACAAUGGUUGCGAGGAGUGAAAGUGAAAUCCCAUUUUAAGAAAAGAAGUCCUUGGUGUUGUUGAGCAACUAGGGGGAUCAUGGCACGAAGGUGAAAAUAACUGGGAGCUAGCUGCUGUGCUUCAGCUGGACUUGCGCCUCUAAGAGAAAACAUUAGCAUGAUAUGGCAGGCAUUGCAGGUGAAGGAAAUAUGGAGGUGGGGAUAGGUCAAUGGCUGCAUGAGACUCAUGGUAUCAAUCUAUGCUUCUUAACUUCUUCUAUGCCACCUCAGGUGAAUCCUUCCAUUGAGACAGGAAUUAGAAAUGUCACACCUGUACCAUCUGAGAAGGUAUCUACUAAUUUGCAAGCUGUUAGGAGUGAUGGUGGACUGGCUGAAGGCACUGAUCGCACCAGAAAAACAGUUCAAAAACCUAAAAGAAAAAAACACAGGCCAAAGGUCAUUAAAGAAGGAAAAGCAGCAAAGGCACAGAAGUCUACAACUGGAGAGCCUUCCACGGAGAAGGGGAAUAAACCAGCUGGUAAGAGAAAGUAUGUCAGGAGAAAGGGACUAAAUACACCAACAGAGCAGCUUCCAUCAGAAUUUGCUGAUGCACACACUAUAGAUGUACCAAGUCCAGCCAGAAGAUGUUUGAACUUUGAUAGAGAAGAUCAAGAUGAAAAUGUGGAUCUGGUAUCACAAACUCAGGUGAAAGAGAUACCUACUUGUCAUGGGGGUGCUCAGUCGUUAACAUCUGCUGUCGAAAGAAGUCAUAUCCAAGUAGUUCAACCUUGGAGUGGCAUCAGCAGCUCAAUUUCUGCUUCAGUUGAUCCAAUGGCCAACAUGCAGCAACUAUGGGCUGACAGCAGGCCAAACAGAGCAACUUUUGACCUUAACAAUUCUGUAGCGAAUCAUAUUCCAAGCAAGUUUCCUAAUCAUACAGACAGUUCUGGUCAAAAUUUUCAGUUUGGCUCAAGAGAGCAACUAAACCAGUUCCAGGAUUUCUAUAACAGCAUUCCAGAUAGGAGUGUCUAUUUGAAAAGUUCUGCAAAACAGAUGCAGAGCUGCUCAAUUGAUUAUGAUCUUUACUUAUUUGUGCCUCAAUCUUCUACAGAAGAAUUAUCUAGACCUGACCAGAUGUUUUGUGGCUAUAAGAUUCUGGAAAAUCCAGCUGUGCCUGCUCGGCAUACCGAAAGAGUCUGGAAGGCAGGAAAUUUCAAUCAUGAAGUUUCUAUGACAGUCAAUCCAAUGCCCCAAGGAUAUAAAAUCCCACAAAGUCCAAUUAUACCUUCCACAUGUAGUGAAAGGAACACAAUGAGCAGAAAUCUGAGUAAGUUUCCUGUGAAAAAUGAUUACUUGAGGUUUGCUACCAAUCCCAAUGACCAGGGAGCUGCUUUUGACCUUCACAAUUCUCGCUUCUCAGAUGUUCAUGCAAUAGGUAAAAAGAGAGAAUUCAAUGCUAUCAAUGGUCAUCAGGUUUCUUUUGGCGUGAACUUGGAACAAUCAAAUAGUGAAAGGCAGUUCUAUAAUGACCCCCUUCCCACCAGCUCACAAACAUAUCUUCCUGAAACAUGUAAAAGGAUGAGAUCAGAGAAUCAUAGCAAUUGGUUGAAUGGACUUGCGGGAAAGUUUUCUUCCUCAUCAGCAUAUCUGUCUGGUAACUGGAAUAUAAAUAAUGUUUCAGCAGUAAACCCUGGAGUGUGUACCUUGGCUGAUGUACAAAGGUUGAUGUCCCAUGAGAAAUCAAAAUCUUCCCAGCAAAUGAUUGGCUCGAGGACAGUAGUAAACAAUAUGGUCCAGCAACAAGCUGACCCUACUCUGCAGAACACCAGCAACAAAUAUUUUAUCGCUUCGUCUGACAAACAUUUCAAAGACUUCACUGCACAGGAAACAGAGUUGCCUGACAGUGCCAUGAAUUCACGGGGAGAAAAUAUUGUCCGCACAAAUGGAGACCAUCAACUUGAGUCUUUAGAAAUCAGACCUCCUCGGCAUUACACCAGUGAGUGUUUUGCUUUACCUAACGAAUUGUCUGGAUAUACAACAGCUGGGCACACCCAGUUGCGUAGUGCCACAAUGAACCCAUCCAUAAAAAAAAAUUAUUUCUCAAGCAACGGUAUUCAUCAACCUCAGUCUUCGGAGAACCAGUCGGUUAUUAAGGGGCCAGAUUUGUUUGAACCACAUAAUUCUUUUAUUCAGUAUGGCACUGACGGAACUUCGUGCAUUAAUAUUCCUGCUCAGAAGAUUGAUAGAACAUCUGCUGAAGUUGGCUCCCAUUUUCAAUCAAUAAAUCAAUCAACAAGAACUGAGAACUGCCAUCUGGAAGCUUCUAGAGAAACCACAUCAGCAAGCCCCACAGAGAAGCCAAAAGCUAGGGGCCGACCAAGGAAAGACGCAGAACCUGGUGGUAAGCCAAGAGCUAGGGGCCGUCCAAACAAAGAAGCAGAACCCGAUGGAAAGCCAAAACCUAGGGGCCGUCCAAGGAAAGCAGCAGAUCCCGAUGGGAAGCCAAAAGCUAGGGGCCGUCCAAGGAAAAAAGCAGAAGCCAAUGGGAAGCCAGAAGACAUAAAUUCUACAAUGAUAGAACAUGAUGGUCGUGAAAAACAUUCGUCAACAAAAGGUAGACAUACUGAUCAUGCAAGUAUUUCAUGUGCCUUGGAACCUUCUUCUGGAAUUAGUCCUAGAUUGACACCAGUUGAAGCAGAAAGAAGUGGGGUGAUAAGAUCAAGAAUUUUGGAAACUUACUACCAUGAUAAGUACAAUAGCUUAAGUUCAAUGCAGACCCAUACUGGAACCAUUCCUGAAAUUAUACAACCAUCACUUGAUUAUGUAGAAGCCAUAAUUGAGAAGUUAAAUCUCUUAAGCAUCAGUAUGAUAUCAGACAAUAUUGUGGAAGAGGCAUCAAAAAAUUCUCUUGUUCCUUAUGAAGACAAACUUGGUGCUUUGGUUCCCUUCGAGGGAAAGUCAAAGAAAAAACAUUCUCGGGUCAAAGUGAACAUCGAUCCAGUCACCAAUUUGAUGUGGAACUUAUUAAUGGCACCAGAUAUGUGUGACGGUGCUGAAGGAAUGGAUGAUGAUAAGGAGAGAUUUCUUGAAGAAGAAAGAAGAGUGUUCCGAGGACGGAUUGAUUCAUUUAUUGCUCGCAUGCAUCUUGUUCAAGGGGACAGGCGUUUUUCUCCAUGGAAAGGGUCGGUUGUGGACUCAGUUGUGGGCGUCUUUCUUACUCAGAAUGUUUCAGACCAUCUUUCUAGUUCUGCUUUCAUGGCGCUUGCUGCGAAGUUCCCUGUCAAGUCAGAAGGCCCUGAAAAUCCUGCAGUAGAGAUGUCUUUUGCACCUCCUGAACAGAAAGACGGUUGUUCUGGACUGUUCGGUGAAUCUAUCAAGUUGCAAGGCAAUUUCUUUGUUGAAGAGAUACGUGAUAUAAGAUCAUUAAAUACUGUAGAAGAUAAUGAAGGUAGCAACAGCAAUGAAUUGAUUGGUACUUCAUCUGGAAAUGCCAUCAACCAGGUAACGCGGGAAUGUCCUGUUUCUUAUAUGAAGUCACAAACUGGAUCCCAUGAAAAUAGGACACCAGGAUAUACUGCCCCGGAAAUUGUUUCUGCGGGUACGGUAGAAGUUGACGAUGGGUCUCUGGAGGAUGUUCUUUCUUCACAAAAUUCUGCUGUUUCUCCUCAAAACUCCCCAGAAUAUUGUCUAAACAGAACCUAUACAAUGGGUUCUAGUUCAACUGUAAAUUCAGAGCUUCCACCAAUUCAAGAUAAACAAAGCAUUCCAAAUGGAAAGGUUGGAUCAUCAGAAUAUCAUGAAGUCAGUGUACUUCCAACCUCAGAUCUGAAUAAGGGUGUUCUGCUUGAUCUGAAUAGAAUAUAUCAACCUGCGCAUACUCCCUACAUGCAGAAUAGUCUGUUUGAUUUCACAGAUGUCUCAUAUGGCAGCCAUUUGGACACAUCAUUUGGUACAGGACUUGAUGGGGUGAAUAUAUCCAAUGUUACACAAUCUGAGGAUGGUCUGUGUCAGCAUCGAACUGCUUCUGUCAACAAAAAUAAAACCAAAAUGACAGAUUCAUCUAACAGCUUCUUAUAUGACAGAGAUGGGUCAUUGAGUCAGGACAUGUGUUCUUUCCCUUUUGAACCUUCACAAGAAGCUGACUGUUUACCAACAAUUAAACAAAGCUUCCAGCAAUUAAUUAGUUCAGAGGAAGUGCCCAUUUCUACAGGUCAUUCUUUCUAUGAUAACCGUUUCACUAGUAACAAAACUGGAAAUUCAUAUAUAGAACAGCAUGAUUGUUUAAAUUUGCAGGAAGUAUACACUGCAAGAACAAGCCAAAUGAAUAGUGAACGGUUUCUGCCACAAUGCAACUGGCAAGACAAUGAUAUCAUAGUUCAGGCAAAAACAUGUGAAAACUUGUGUGGAAACAAGACCCCUCAUUCAGAUGUUUCCCAAAGAGUUGCUUCAGUUUCAAUUGGAAAAUCCAAACAUAGUGAAAAGAGUCCAUUGGAAUUUUCUACAGAUGGAUCAAAAACUAGUAAAGUGCGGGGUCGGACUAAAAGGAAACAUUUUGACUGGGAUAAUUUACGAAAAGAAGUGUUACACAAUUGUGGGAACAGACAAAGAAGUGACAAAGUUAAGGAUGCAAUUGAUUGGGAGGCAGUACGCCAAGCAGAUUUGAGGGAAAUAUCUGAAGCUAUCAGAGAGCGAGGAAUGAAUAACAUGCUAGCAGAACGGAUAAAAGCAUUUCUAAACCGAUUGGUGAGCGAUCAUGGAAGCAUUGAUCUUGAAUGGCUAAGAGAUAUUGAACCUGACAAAGCAAAGGACUACCUUCUAAGCAUUAGAGGGCUUGGGCUCAAAAGCGUGGAGUGUGUUCGUCUGUUGACACUACACCAUAUGGCUUUUCCAGUGGACACAAAUGUUGCCCGGAUAUGCGUGAGGCUUGGAUGGGUGCCACUUCAACCCCUUCCAGAGUCUCUUCAACUGCACUUGUUGGAACUGUACCCCAUGCUGGAACAGAUACAGAAAUAUAUUUGGCCUCGAUUGUGCAAGCUUGAUCAACUGAUAUUAUAUGAGCUUCACUACCAAAUGAUAACUUUUGGAAAGGUCUUCUGUUCAAAAAGUAGGCCGAACUGCAAUUCAUGUCCAAUGAGAGCUGAGUGUAAGCAUUUUGCUAGUGCAUUUGCAAGUGCACGGCUUGCUCUUCCUGGACCAUUAGAGAGGAGUUUGGUGGUCAAACCUGAAGAUCCAAAUGCUGCAGAGCGUUGUCACAAAAAAUACACAGAUUCAAGGCCUAUAGGCCAACUUAGCUGGAAUACUAACCAUCCUGAGCAUGUUUGUGGUGACCAACAACCAAUCAUUGAGGAACCAUCAACCCCAGAACCUGAACCUGAAAAUGCAGAGACAAAAGAGGCUGAAAUAGAGGAUUUUUUUGGUGAAGAUCCUGAUGAAAUUCCUACCAUAAAUCUUAAUGUUGAGGAGUUUGCACAGAACUUGAAAAGUUAUAUUCGAUCAAAUAAUAUUGAGAUUGAAGAUGCUGACAUGUCAAUGGCAUUAGUUGCCAUAACCCCUCAAGCUGCUUCCGUUCCAACUUCUAAGCUCAAGAAUGUCAACCGCCUGAGGACAGAACACCAAGUCUAUGAACUGCCGGACUCACACCCUCUACUGGAAGGAUUUGAUCAAAGAGAACCAGAUGAUCCCUGCCCAUAUCUUCUUUCUAUAUGGACCCCAGGUGAAACUGCACAAUCAACUGAUGCACCCAAGACAUUCUGCAACUCCCAGGAAACUGGUAAACUAUGUGAAAGUUUGACAUGCUUUAGUUGCAACAAUCUGCGGGAAAUGCAGUCUCAGAAAGUCAGAGGAACCCUUCUGAUACCAUGCCGAACAGCAAUGAGAGGAAGCUUUCCACUUAAUGGGACAUAUUUUCAAGUUAAUGAGGUAUUUGCUGACCACUACUCCAGCCAAAAUCCGAUUGAUGUUCCACGAAGUUGGAUAUGGAAUCUCCCAAGACGAACAGUUUACUUUGGAACCUCAGUUCCUACAAUAUUUAGAGGCUUAAAUACUGAAGAGAUACAACAUUGCUUUUGGAGAGGAUUUGUGUGCGUGAGGGGCUUUGAUAGGAAAUCGAGGGCACCAAGACCGCUUUAUGCAAGGCUUCAUUUUCCUGCUAGCAAGGUUGCAAGAGGCAAAAAGCCUGCAGCAGCAAGAGAGGAAGAAAUAGGCCAUUGAAGAGG